AUGCCAAUCAAACUCCCCAAAGGCUUUACCCGACGGAAAUCGUCUGGUAAUGCCCUAGAAGAGGUAGAAACACCUCCUCAGCCGUCCUUCCGUGUCUUCGAACGCCCUUCUGUCGAUAAGAAAUCCAUGAGCGAUGGCAAUCUUUUGUCGAAAAGACUGAGCUCGGGACAACCUCUAGAUUCACCUACGGACGAGAACGACAACAUCUUUGCCGCACCCCUGAAUCAUCCGCAAAGACAAUUAGGCGUCUACGACCAGUCGUCGCCGAAACGUCGCUCAACGGACGGACCGCUUCCAUCGGACAACUCAUCGCCACAUUCACGAAACCUCUACGAUAUACCCAUACCUCCCAUUUCCGGUGCGUUGCGGGCAGCCGGUCGGACCUUUUCUUUCGGUGGGAGAUUUUCCAAAUCAUCGGCACAUCCCCCGCAACAGUCUACUCCUGGUCCUUCGCGGAACAGGGCAAUGACCAACAGCACGAGCAGCACCGCAACCCCUCCGAAACUCCCGGACACGGAACUGCAGAUUGGUCAAAUGGGGGACGAGUUUCACAACAUGUUUGACGAUAUGGGGAAACGAGGAAACGUUGCCCAGGAGACCUCACGGAACGGCUCAGUGGAUACGUACUCCUCCACUCCCCCCGAGACGGGUUUCCGCAAAGAAGAAAAGGUGCAGCGCCCCGCCCCUAUCAACACGGAUCGGUCGAAAGAAGUCGAGCCCUCGCCGUACUCAUGGGGCAGCCGACACUCAGAGGAGGGCCUUUUGGCCGCGGUUGAUUCGCCGCACGAAGAACCCCCGGCAACCUAUUCGGGGUUUACACCAUACCGGGACGGGCGACGGAAAUCCCUACCUCUCUCCAACGCAGCGCCUAUCACCACGACGACCCACCGUUCCCUUGAAAAGCCGGAAGGCACAGCAGAGAAAGGCCUACGAAGAAGUGUCUUAUACCCAAACAAGAGGGAUUCAACCCCCGUUGAGGAUGAAGAUGCCAAAUUAAUCAUGUCAUCUCUUUACACAAGCAGGCGGAACUCCCAAUUGCCUUUCGCAUCUGACCAUGAGGACUCGGAUGCAGAGAACGAGACCCCGUUGUUCACCAACAAAACGCCCGUGAGCCAGCAGGACCGGCUCACACCUCCGCCUCUGCAACCUCCAGCCCACAAGUCCCCGGGCCUGAACGACGAUCACCUCGACCCUUCUAUUGCGGCCCAUGCGCGGUUGGCCGUGCAAUACGAGAAGACUCCAGCGCCGAUGCCAUCCACCAACAAAGUAAUGACACCCUCCCAAUUCGAGCAUUAUCGACAGCAGCAGGAGCUCCGACGGUCGAAGAGCGACGCUUCGAAGAGCGAGGACUCCGAAGAAAGCGAUUUUGACGAAGAGGACGAGACUGAGAAGAAUCGGGAAGCGGAGAAGCAACGGCGAAAGCAAGAAGCCCAUCUUUCCGUCUAUCGGCAGCAGAUGAUGAAGGUGACAGGCCAGCAAUCCCCGGCACCGUCUCUCCGGCCAGAAAUGGAUCGGGCGAGCAAUAGUGCACCGAAUCUUACCGCGCAAUCCUUCAACCAGGGGAACAGGUCAGGAAGUGGGAAGAGUAGCGAGGGCGACGAGGAUGAGGAGGUUCCUUUGGGAAUUCUAGCAGCGCAUGGUUUUCCAAAUAGGAACCGCCCGCCGAGUCGCCUUGCAAUGUCGAACUCAAUCCCAAAUCUACGGGCGUCUUUCCAUCAACCCUACAUAUCGUCUUCCGGAUCGGUUGCGGAGAACGAUGCUGGCAACCGCAGUAGCCUGCCUGUCUUCGCACGGAACUUACCCCGGGACCCCUACUAUGGAGCGGGCUUGGUGAACUCGUCCAACCGAGAGUCACUGGCCUUCGGAGGAGGCGCUUCCGUUUACGGAGGACCCUCAGCUCCUGCCGGCCCCCCGCCUGGAUUGCCCCCCGGAGGGUUAAUCGGCGUGAUUGCCACCGAAGAGCGGGCGAGGGCGAUGAGGCGAAGAAGCCCAAACACCCAGGCUAUGCACGACUUUAAUGCUGCGAUGCCCUCCGUCCCGACCCAUCCUAAUGGUAUUCCGAGGCCCUAUACCAUGAUGAGUCUGAACCCACCCAAUGUAUCUGCCCCUCAGCAAGGGGUUACUGCCACGGAGCAAGCUCAGAUUCAACUUUCUCAGCAAAUGUCGAGUAUGAUGCAGAUGCAGAUGCAAUGGAUGCAGCAGAUGAUCCACAUGCAAGGUGGACAAGGUCCACCGCCCCAGCAGCCGAUGCCGAUGCCGAUGCCGCCAGGCGGCUUUCCUCCAGCAGCCGCCUCUCCAACCAUGCGACCUUCUUCGAUGCCGUCCGCGGGGCCUAAUACCCUCAUGCCCCCCGCAUUUGGCGGCGACCAGAGAACCUUCAGCCUUCUUGAUCCGAAUGCGUCAUCCCGGCUGAACGCUCCGGCGAUGCCGUACGCCUCUGGAGCGAAUCGACCGAGUACCCCGGCGGGACAAGGCUAUGCGCCGUCAAUCGCGCCGUCGGAGCGGAGCAAUGUUGGAUUGGCGCCUCGCUAUCGUCCAGUGUCUACCCUCCAACCGGACACUGCCUCGUCAGCCUAUCCUCUGGCUUCCAAACCUUGGAAUGACGAGAACCAGAGAUCUUCCGUCUCUAUCGCUUCCCCGGCCCCUUCGCAAAUGCCUAAACCGAUCCCCCGUCCUAUUUCCAACGGCGGAAAAUCCGCACUGGCUCGUGGACCUGGCAAUGGCAUUGAGCCAGACGAUGAGGAUGACGACGAAGGGUGGGCCGAGAUGGUGAAGAAACGAGAAAACAAACGAAGCAAUUGGAGAUCAAAAAAGGAGACGUCGAGUCUCGGCGACUUAUUGAACACAGUACAUUAA